AUGAUUGUAAGAAUAUUUAACAAGCCAUUAAUCUCUUUCUUCUUUCAAUACAUCCUGAUUCACUUAACGUUGUACAAAGGACAAAUGCAGACACAAGUUACAGGGGAUUGGACAACAUCAAUACCUGAAAACUUAUUGGCAGAAAAUAAUCAAACCUGGAGAUUGGUUAAAUGCAUUUAUGAUUCUGAAGAUGUGGCUUCAACCGAGACACGAGUGUUUGGUGAUGAUUACACAAUGGCGAAAAAAAGACAAUGGAACCAGAUGAAUGCUUCUGAAUUCAAAAAAGUUGAUGAAGCUAAAUUAGAAAAACCUUCAAAAUAUAAGUAUGGAAACAGAAGACCAACCCUGGUAGAAGCUCUUACCAAUGGGGAUAAACUACCAAUGAGGAUUUUCUGGGCUUUGUUUUCACAAUUGUCUGCAAUAUCAGAUUUUCCUGAUGAAGAAACAUUGAAUAAAAUCAGGAAAUGUUCCCCCAGUGGAACCAUUUAUGACAGUCACGUGAUUCUGUGUCCAUUUUGCCGAGUUAGGACAAAGUUGCCCUUAGGCCACAUCCCACCAUAUAUUGACGAAGUGAUCUGUGAACAAACCAAUGUGGCUUGUUUCCAGAAACAAGGCAAGUGUUUUCAGAGAUAUAUGAAGAUAACUGCUCUCCGAAAUAUUCACGGCAGCCAUUGCUUAUUGGCAGAUCAAAAUGGCCACCAAUUUUGGACAGGAAAUUGGGAAAUUUAUGAUCAGAAAGUGCGUGUCUCUUGUGAGUGUCUUUUGGAUAAACGUUCCAGGUUCCUUAAAUAUGCUCUCAGCUACAAAUGA